AUGUGCUGUAAGAGGACGAGGCGCAUGGAAUCGCUUCCCGACGAUCUCCUGUCCCGAAUUCUCGUGAUCCUAUUGGUUGAAGACAUCUACGACUCGGCAAGGCUGAGUCUCGUCUGCCGCAAGUGGCACCGGAUGAUCAGCUCCGACGAGUUCAUAUACGCACACCUCCAUCAGUCAAAGCACACGCUUCUAUUCCGCGUCAAGUCCGCACACCAUUUGUUGUGCCUCUCCGCACGGGAUGAUGGCCGGUUACAGAUAUCUAAGAUGGAAGACAUACUAGUAAGAACUCGUCUUGAGGCCAGCUGCAACGGCUUGGUGUUGGAUGUUGCAAGAUCACGAGGCAAUUUGGCUCUUUGCGUUCUGAAUCCCCUGACUAAGCAUAGAUUAGUUCUCCCUCAUCCUCGUGGAAUAGACUAUUGGCGUUGCGGCAUAGCUUGGAGGAGUUUUACUACCGCACACAUAUCAUUUGAGGCUAAAAUGGCGCUAAAAAGUAGUCGAUUGGUUACAACUCGAGGUUUUGUCCACUGGUGUGCUCGGGAUGACGGUCAUGUCUUGACUCUGGAUAUCGAGACAGAGACUGUAAAAGAGGCGCCUUCGCCUGUCCCCGUAUUUUUUGGGGGACGGUGGGAUUAUCUGCCGGCCGGGAAAUAUCUAACCUUAUUGGCCGAACGCGUAGAUUAUUUGUGGGAUGUUUGGGAAAUGAGACCGGGCAGUAUGGAAUGGAGAAAGGUCGCGAGUUUCUCGUUGGAGGAUCAGAAGCUCGUGUUUGAAGACUCUGAUUCCGGGCGUGAUGUGGUCGACUUCAAGCCAGUUGCUUGGUUGUUGUAUCCAGAGGUUGUGGUGUUUGUUCUCUCGGGCUGGUGUUACUUUCGGGUUUUCAUUUACAAUCUUGCUACUCGAGUAAUCGAGUCGAUCGAGUUGCCCGAACCAUGUCCACCAUCGACAAGAGCCUCCAAAAAGCUCGAGACGAUGAAGACGGCCGAUGCAAACCCCACCACCGCGGCCCUUCUCAAGAAAUCGUCCAAGAAUAAGAAGAUGGACCGCGUAGAGACCUCGGUGAAGGAGUCCAGUCGCGACCUCUCGAUGUUCAAGUUCAAAUCCGGCGCGCACGACAAUUGA